UUUCGUUUUUACACAGUCCGACCUUUUGUAAAAGACGUUGAUAAUAAACUGUCAAACAGCUGUUAAUUUUUUUUCUUUAAGCUUUGUAAGAAAUCAAAUAAUAAGUCAAAAAUCAAAUUAAAAUGCGUAACUCGAGAAAUUAUUCGCUUUAUCACAAAGUUCGGGGUGUUCCGUACUCAAGAAAUCCAAAACCGAUCUCACGAAGUGCAGGAUCUUCGCCAAGUACCACGGAAAGGGUGACAGUUUCCGGCGUAGGACUUCGGGCGGGCGUUUCCGGGGAGGGCAACGGAAGUUCCUCUUCAAAUGACGAGCUUUUGUUCCAGAUCGCAGGACCAUCUCGGGCGGACGUAUUCGGGAAGGACAACGGAAGUUCCUCUGUCCCAAAUCAGGAGAUCGCAGGACAACCUCGGACGGGCGUUUCCGGGGAGGACAACGAAAGUUCCUCUUCAAAUGACGAGAUCGCAGGACCAUCUCGGGCGGGCGUUUCCGGGGAGGACAACGGAAGUUCUUCUUUCCCAAAUCACGAGACCGCGGGGCCAUCUUGGGCGGGCGUAUUUGGCAGUAUGAGUCCGGGAAAUGAGUUCCUAGACACUGGCGAUGAUUUCAACGAUCAGGGUAACGCAACAGAUUAUGACCAUGAAGGCGAUGAAACGGAUUCGAACGCAGAAUUUGGUCCAGAUGAUUUUUUUGAGCACUCCGAAGAGGACUCAAUGUUUGAAGAGGGUGAAAAACUGAAUCCCAACUUAAACAUAACUAAAAAUGAAGUUAUCCUUAUGUUGAUGAACAUAUUCAUGCGUCAUAAUCUCACAAAUCGCGCCAUGGAGGAUCUUUUGCGCAUGUUAAACAUAAUCUUCGGCAGAAAAUCGCUACCUGAAUCUUUUAGCUCAUUUCUCGCGUUAUGCUCGUCACAAGAUUAUCAUCGACAUUAUGUUGGUGAUAAUUGCAAACUCUACCAAGGAGAGAAUGUUGCUGAGAGCUGCUCAAACUGUUGCAAUACCAAGAAGUCAUUUUUUAUAUCUUUCGACUGGGAAUCAAACUUAAAGCGCAUUCUCGCGAAGCACUGGGAGCUGAUCGUAAAUCACAGGCAAUCAAGUAAUGAGGAAAAUGAUAUAAAAGAUAUCGUUGAUGGGAAAAUCAUAAAGAACGUGACACAGCAGACAAGAUCAAACGCCACAGACAUAAGCUUGAGUUUCAACACUGACGGUGUAGCAGUUUUCAAUUCUAACACCCGGAAAUCCUUGUGGCCCAUUAUUGUGACUAUCAACGAACUUCCGCCUGAUUUGAGAUUCUCACGCCGGAACACAAUCGUCGCUGGAUUAUGGCUUUCACGUGAGGAACCAGAUUUGAACGUUUUCUUAACGCCGUUUCUAGCCCAAAUACAAAAAUUGUCGGAAAAUGGUGUGCAGCUAAACGAACAUACCAAGUGUUCUGUUUCGACGGUUUGUUGCUGCGUUGAUAGUGUGGCUAGAUGUAAAAUUCAGCAGCUGAAACAAUAUAACGGUUAUGAAGCUUGCAGCUUUUGUACUCAUCCAGGUUCUCUUGUAGAAACAAAGCAAGUGCGAUACAAAUAUUUAGAGAACGUUAGGCCGCGAACCAACAUAGAUGUACUGAAAGCCAUGGCAUUGUCCAACCAGCGAGGUGAACCUGUAAACGGAUUUAAAGGGAUAUCACCACUUGUUUCGAUACAAGAUUUUGAUAUUGUUGAAGGCUGUCCGGUUGAUUAUCUUCAUUGUGUGCUCCUUGGAGUAUGCAAAUUAAUGGCCAAGUUGUGGGUGGAUGGAGUGGGCAGCGAUUAUUACAUCAGAGCGCACGUGGCACAGAUUGAUAAUGUUCUAGAUUCAACGUAUUCAUUUCAUGAAUCAUCAAGAAAUGCCCGUAAAUUCUCCGAUCGAAACUCAUGGAAAGGCAAUGAGUGGCAAGCUUGGCUACUUUUAUACGGUCCAAUUUGCUUGUUGAACGUUUUACCGCAAAAAUUUUACGACCAUUUUUGUACUCUUUCAACUACAAUCAAAACUAUGUUGUGUGGGCCAUUAAAUUCACAAGUAAUUGGAGAAUGUGAAGCACAACUAAGCCAAUUUGUUAAACAAUUUGAAAUGUUUUAUGGAGAACAACACAUGAACUACAAUGUCCAUCUCCUGCUGCAUUUAUCUAACUGUGUACGUAAUUUUGGUCCCCUUUGGGCAUUCUCUUUGUUUAACUUCGAGGAUUUAAAUGGAGUGCUCAAAAAAUUUGUUAAAGGUCCUAACAGCCCAAUUUUGCAGGUCACAAUGCGAUGUAAUUUAUAUCACGAACGUUUUUAUUCACCAAUGUUUGAACUAGUACAACAAAAAGUAGUAAGUUUUUGUAAAUCAUUAGAUAGUAAGCCUCAAAUUAGCACCAUUGUUGGAAAAUGUCCCAUUGAACUUUUGGAGACUAUUGAACAUGAUUAUGCAGACAAUUUAUUUUUCAUUCAGAACAAUUUUAUUACCGGUAAAUAUCUCUUCAAGCCAGAUCGGAAAUGGCCAAAUGAAUCUGAACGGUUUAGAUGUGAUUCUACUUUCUCAAUAGUGGAUGAUGGGCAUACCAUUUUCGGUAUUAUCAGACAAAUUCUCACUAAAAACACGAACGUAUUUUUCGUUUACAUACCAAUAGCAAUUAAUCACAUCAAUGAUUGUUUUGCUAGUGGAACUGUUGCAUCUCGUAGAUUAAAGAUGGUCAAGAUUAAUAGUAGCUUAAAAAAAUGUGUAAGAAUUAAAAGAGACGAUACGUUGUAUGUCUGCAAGGUAGAUUUUGUGCCAUAUAAGGAUUAAUAUAACGUAAAAUUAAUGUAUUAAAAAAUAAAAUUGUUCAAU